CUAUCGUCCGUUUGUCGCGCUUUGCCAUAGCGUUCUUUUUCUUUCGCUCUCUCUGUGUGCUGUGCUCCACAAAAAUCAAGAAAUACAAAAAGUAUUUGUUGUGCGUUCGGCAAAAAGAUCAUUUUUACCUUUAUUUUUUUUUGUUGUUUAUAUGUUAUCGGUUUUAAUUGCCACAAGAAGAGGAAUAACAAAAACAACAACUGCAACAGCAACCUGCCACUGCCAAUUGAAGUGUGACGUAAAAUGUAAUUUGCAUCCUCAACAACAACAACAACGAGAGCUCCAACAAGCACAGUAGUGCAGCAGCGACAUCUAUCGACCAAGAGAGGCACAUUCCACAAUUAUAAAAAUCGAGAAGAAAACAACAACAAAUGACUGAAGUCGACGUCGCCUUGCCGGAGGGCGUUGCCGAGCCCACAACAAAACUACUUGCCAAAACAACAACAACAGAAGCGACGGCAGACGACGAGACAGAGAUCGAGAAGGAGGCAAAGGACAAGAAGAGCGAAGGAGAGACACAGCAUGCUGAUGAACAAAAGAACUCCAAAUCUCAAAAAGAACUGCUGCUAUCUGAAAAGGAGCAGAAAUCAACAAAGUCAGAGGAUGAUGAUGAUGUUGAUAGUGCAGCAGUGAUUACUGCCAAGUUGCCACUCGAUAGUAACAGUAACAGCAACGAUGAUUCCAAGGCUGCCAAUGAGGAUGGCAUCGCUGCAAAAUCCGCUGCGGAAUCCAUGGAUGUGGAUGACAUCGAGGAGGGCGAUUCACAAAUCACAAGCGCCAGCUCCACAGAGAAUGGCAGCAGUAGUAAGGAGCCAAAAUUGGAUGGCGAAGCUGAUGAGGAGCCAGAGGAGGAGGAAGAAGUGACCACCAAUGGUGAUCAUGAGGAUGCUGAGGAUGAGCAUGAGAAGAUUGGCAGCACAGCCGAGAACAGUUGUGAUGCCGAAGAUCCUUUGGGUGCCGCCACACAAACUAAUGCAGAGGAACCCGAGGAGGAGGAAGAGGAGAAAAAGAGCAUUGAAGAUCUAGAUGAGGCUGAGGCAGAAGAGGAGGAGGAGGAGGCGAGCCAACAAAGUGGCACAGCCAAAACCGUAACCGACUCUGAGCCCGAAGCAAUGCAAACCGAAGAAGACGAACUGGACGAGAAGAAGGCUGCGAAGGAAAAAUCUGUAAAUGGGUUUGAUCAGAGUCCCAAGGCUGAUGCUGCUAAAGCCAAAGCCAAUGGUCAGGCGAGCACAGCGGAGGCAACGAAAAGCAACAGCAACAACGACGCCGAUAAUGAUGCUGGAGCUGUGGUUAAUUUGGAUGAUGACGACAGCGACGAGGAAAUGCCAGAAACGACUGAGAAAAAGGCGCCACCAGUUGUGAAUGCAACUGCGAAUCCUCAAUCUACAGCAACAAACACAGCAAAGCCAGCAGCAACAACAACAACAACGACGUCUGCUUCAAGCGAGGCUGAAUCCUCUGACGAUGCGGUCUUGAUCGCCUCCGAUUCGGAUUCAGAAACAGGCCCAACAACAGCACCGCCUCCGCCGCCCAGCAAAAAGCCAGCUAUUCAGGUAAAGGCAACACCUCAGCCGCAACCGCCACCGCCGCCUGCUCAACAUCCUGAUGACGAUGACGACGACGACGAUUGUGUGGUGAUUGAGGAUGAUACGCCGCCCAGCAGUUCGCCCAGCGAUCAGGCGGCGCUCAACAAACGCAAAAGCGAUAUGGAUGAUCUGCAACCGAGCAGCAAACGACAACGCAGCUCGACGCCAUCCAGCCUGGCUAUGGGCGUGCUCAAUGCGGCAGCGAGUGGUGCCUUGGGUGGCAUUGGCCUCGGUCAAUUGACCAUCAAGGAUGCCCGUUCACUGAUGCCUCACGAGGCGGGACCAACAGUGGGUGCUGGAGGCGCUGCUGCUGUCUAUCCGGUGACCAUAACGAAUGCUGUGACUGGUGUGGCCACCAAUCUGGGCAGUGCCCCGCCCAAGCUGGUGCCCAUGUCGGGUGUAACGGGCGGCAUGUCUGGCACCACGGUGCAGUUGAAUCCGCCAACAUUGUCACUGACGGCCGCUGGACUUCCCAGCAUGACAAACAAUGCGAAUCUAUUGCCUGGCCUGACGGACGACAUGUUUGUGCUGGAGGCGCCAUCGUUUAUUGUGCCCUACAUCUAUGAGAAGCCGCCCAAUGACAACAUUCGUGAGAUCAUCAAGUCGAUUGAGACAACGUAUGCGCUGUCCGCCGAGGAUCUGGCUGUGGCUGACAAGGUGGAUGAGUUUGACAUGAUGACCGAACAGAAUAAGGAGGACAAACAGAGUCAGGGCGAUCAGGCGAAUGCACAGAACAAGAAUAACAAGAAAAAGAAGCGUGGCGAUGAUGAAUCGUGGUCGGAGCAAUCCGAUGAGGACGACGAUGAGGAUGAUGACGAUGAUUCAGAGUCGGGUGUGCGCACCAAGGUGCUGAUCAAAGAGGCCAACGAUGAUCUAACCGCGCUUAAGGGCGCCAUUAAGCCAGCCGCUGCUUUGGCCGCGUCUGGAGGAGUUCCAUCGACAACGGCUGCGAAGCCGGGACAAGAGAAUUACUUUGAGAGUCCGUUGGGCAAGUUCUUUAUGGACAUUGGCGUUGGAUUGGUGCAGGAGUAUGUGCAGGCGGAUCUGUUGCGAUUACAGAAGCGCAAGAUGCGCAAAUCACUGUCACGGGACCCGAAGGACUUUGAGAUGGCCAUCAAUGCGUUGAGCGGCAAUCUGCAAGCGUCCAAGACGAAAAAUGCUCCGUUCAAGUUCACGAUGAAACGCUGCGAGUUCUGCAAUUUCAAGUCGGAGUCGGCGCUGUCGAUGGCCAAUCAUUACGAGACGCCGCAUAUGAAUGGAGUGCUGUAUAAGUGCAACUUUUGUACAUUUGAGAUACGCAAUGCCACCGAGAUUGUUUAUCACAUGGAGGCGGUGCAUAACAUCAAGGCGCGCUUGAUUAAACCUUUGCCCUAUCAUCAGUGUCCGAACUGUGGAUUUGAGGACAAUGGCAAGGCGAAGUUGGCGCGACAUCAGCCGGUGUGCGCAAAGAAGUUUAGGCCAGAAUUGAAUCUAGCACCUCCCAACGAUUGGGAAGCGCCUGCGAAGAUACCGCGCAUCAAGCCACGCCAUGGACUUGUGGGCACAGCCACCGCUUAUCAGGCAAUGGCAGCUCAGGCGGCGGCGCAGAAGGCAGCGUUGGCAACCAUUCAACAGCAACAGGCUGCAGCUCAGGCAAGAAAUAUGCAGGCAGCCGCGCUGGCGGCACAGAAUGCGGCCAAGAUGCGACAGCGAGCGCCACAGUUGCCCAAGGCGAUGCCCAAUGCCAACAGCCUGGUGAGGAAUCCAGCGCCAGUGCGUGGCUCCAUUGGCACCAAUGCGGCGCUGUCGUUGCCCAACAGCUAUCAACUGGCAGCCGGACAGCUUGUGCAGCAAGCAUCAAAGAAACCCAUCGCUGGCCAGCCGAGCAUCUCAAUAACGCCACUACCUCGACAAAGUGCAGCCGGCAGCGGUGCGUCUGGCGCUGCUUCGUCCAGCAAAGUGCCAACAGCGGCUGCAGCGGGCAUUAAGCCCGGCCAGAGUCCCACCGCUGGCAACAACAAGGCGCAGUUUGUCAUCUGCGAGAUUUGCGAUGGUUAUAUCAAGGAUCUGGAGCAGCUGCGCAAUCACAUGCAAUGGAUGCAUAAAGUGAAGAUACAUCCCAAGAUGAUCUACAAUCGGCCACCGUUGAAUUGUCAGAAGUGUCAGUUCCGAUUCUUUACGGAUCAGGGCCUGGAACGGCAUUUACUCGGCUCACACGGUUUGGUCACCAGCUCCAUGCAAGAGGCUGCCAACAAGGGCAAAGAUGCCGGUCGCUGUCCUGUCUGUGGCAGAAUGUACCAAUGGAAGCUAUUGAAUCACGUAUCGCGCGAUCAUCACAUGACCCUGAAGCCCGCACAUUUAUCCUACAAAUGCACCGUGUGCACGGCCACCUUUGGCAUGUACAAACAAUUUGAGACGCAUGUGUACACGGCGCACAGCACUGUGGCCCGCAAGGCGAUGGACAGCAAGAAGAAUAGCGCACAGUCCAGCAGCAGCAGUAGCAGUGCCAGCGGGAUACGCAAUUCGCUGGGUGCUGCUAAUGAUUCACUGCUAAAGCCACUGAAGAUCAACGAUGAGAUCACCAUUAUACCACAGCCCGCAUCAAAGCCACGCAUCACAAAUAUGGAAAGUCAUGUUAUAGAUUAAAUGACGCAUGGAAUGAUGAACCAAAAAACCUAAUCUCGCAUAGUUUUUGCCGCAGCAUUUUGGCCGCGCGUUAAGAUUAGUCUUAAUGAUUUUUGUAGGCUGCGCCCGAUGCAUGCGUAUAUAAAGUUUUUGUUACUAAGCCAGAACUGUAUAAAGCGAGCGGAAAUUUAGUGAAAACACACACACACACACACAAAGCAACCUAAAAUUAUAUAUAUAUAACGUCGAUCAUUAAGAAAAGGUUACCGACUAACACCGAUCAGAUCCAGAUACAGACAACUUACGAUACAAACAGAGCUACACAAGAAGCAGAUGCAGAUGCAGAUACAGAUACGAAUUCAGAUUCUAGUUACGGUUUAGUUUAUCUACGUUAUAGUGUGCACAUAAGUUGAAAAUUGUAGCUACUACUAAUAAAUAAUUACGAUAACAUAUAAACACACACAUACACAUUGAACACACACACACACGCAAACAUAUACACACACUUAUUAAAUAGAGAUAUAUAUUGUAAAAGAAAAGCCGCUAGAGCGCAUCGUCUACAUGACUAUGUAAAUUAGUUAAAAACUAAAUAUUAUUUAUACUAUAUACAAGUAUCUAAAUGUGCGUUGCAGUAUGUACAUAUUACACACACAGACACACACACACACACGUCCACAAUCUCACACAUAUACAAGACUCUGACACACACACACACUAACACAUCUUGAAUAGUAUAUUAGCUCGUCGAGUGGUAACUUGACGAGUGAAAGGAUGAAAGAGAUAGGAGAGCAUAACUGGGAAAAGUUUUGCAGCAUACAGUUUUGAGUUGAGCGCGGGGUGAUAAAAGAAGUUGUGGGUCAGGGAGCAGGGGGGCCUGGUAUGGGGGGAUAUGUAUUUGUGAGUUUGGGGGGAGAAGUGGAAUUAAUCUGAUCUGAGACGUUCAAUAAAUUUUAAUUUCCGUGUACAAGUUUAAACUUAUAUUUAUAUAUAUAUUACAUAUAUCUAUUAAUAUAAAAUAUAUCAUCUAUUAGCCAGUAAGAAACCAUGUACUACAGUUAAAAAGCUAAAAACAACACAACAACAAACAAACAAAUGAAAAUGAGAAAAAUUAAAAACUAGUUAAUAUACAAAAAUGUGUUUAUUGAAUUGAAGGGGAACAACCGAAAGUAUUUUGAAAGAAAUUACUUUUAUUUAUGACUAACAUUAAAAUUAAUUUCAUAACAAUGUGCGAUAAAAAAAGAGUUCUGCUAAAAGGAAAGUUCCAAGUUUUCGAGCUUGACUUAGGUGAGAAGUGGCUGUAGAGAGGAAAGCUUUUAGCAGUCGCAUUCGAUUUGUGGUAUCACAUGAGUACGCCAAACCCCAGAGUCAAAGUCCAAGCAAAUGUGCUAUUACUAAUGUGAUAUAUUUUAUACAUAUACAUAUAUGUUGUUGUAUACAAAAUGCGAAAUUCCAACCUUGUGAUUUUGUAUUUUGACCAUGGCAAUGGCAAUGUCAACUAACUAAACUUGGUAUUUUCUAAAGGGUCUAACGAUCUCGUCCUCAUCCAGUCUUAUGCUGAUAUAUGUAGAUAUAACUAAGUUAACUAUUUAGCUUAAACUCUACUAAGUAUUAUUUUAUGUGGGGAGCACAACGCACUGCAUUACGUCUUUGUAUU